AUGAAUUAUCUCCUAUAUAUUGUGGAAAACGCUGAAUCUACUGAAUACUCAAUAAUAUUUUAUUUAGAUAUAGAUGCAGAUUUGGAACAAAUUAAAUUAAAAGGAGUAUUUUAGUUGUAAACUCAAUCUUAUGUAUUUGAGUAACUAUUAGAUACUUCAAAUCUUGAAGGCGAUUGGCACUUAUUAUACUAUUAUGUUGAUUAAGCAUCCAAAUAAAUAAUUAUUUAUCUCUUUAAUUCAAGAACAAAAGUGAUAUUUUCUAAGUAACAUAUUGGUUCAAUUUCAUAUGGGAAGAAGACUUUCUAAAGAAAUUUUGGAACCUUUUAGAACAUUGAAGGGUCUGAAGUUGUAAAAUAUAAAAAUUUUCCUGGGAAGCUGGGAUCUAUAUUCAUUACAUUUUUUAGUGAUAUAUUUACUAAUUUGGAAUAAUAUAAUACAGACUGUCCAUUGUUUUAAUUUUGUAUAGAAGGACAAUAGUCCCUGGUAGGUUAUAAUCAGGAAUUCAAAAAGAAUAAGAUUGUAUCAGGAUAGACAUUAUCAAAUGAACUACACAAAGUAGGAUAUGUGAUACAAGGUUGGGUAAAGUUAAAUAAGAUUGAGUCAAUUUAAUAAUUGGAUACAGUGUUAUUAAGAGUGACAACUCGAUAUUAAUAUUUUAAUGAUAAGUAGUAUGGAGAUCGUUUGAUAUAUAUCGUUUAUCAUCAAAACAUCAUUUAAGAUCAGAAUGGAUUUACGGUGUCUCUAAAUAGUUAUAAAUUUCCAAUAAUCGAGGAAACUUAUUACCAUGAUGAUCUAGAUAAAAUAACUAUAAUGGGUAAACAAUAUAGUGAGGCAAUAAUAUAUUGGCACUAUUUUUAGUAUGAGGUAGGAACCAAAACUAAUAAUGGAUAGCCAUUGUUUACGAUGUACUUUGCAUUUCUAAAUUAGAAAUAACAAUGGAAAUGGAAUAAAUAGAUCAAUCAUUUUACAAAUAGCAAAUUUUAUUACUUUAUAGGUGGUGAUGACUUUGUUUCUAAUUAGUUUUCUGGAUUUUUAAGUGACUGGUCAUUCUCUAUCUAUUGUUAUCCAGUAGAUGUAUAGUUUAAAAUAAAAUGUCACUUUUCAUGUAAGACUUGUGAUGGUAUUUCAUCCUCAAAUUGUUUAAGUUGCAACAGUGAGAGUCAUAGAUUAUAUUCUGAAGAAUAAAAACGAUGUCAAUGUGCAUAUGGAUACGUUGAAGUAGCAGAUAGAGAAACCUGUUAAAGUAAAUUAAUUUGUGAUUAUAAAGCUCUGGAAGAAACAAUGGGGAAUUUGGUAAUUGAUGAGUAUGAGAGAAAGUGCGAUAAAGUUGGAUAUUUCACUUGUAAUGAGGAUAACAUUUAAUGUGAUUAUGGUUAUUUUUUGGCUGGCAAUGAAUGUCUUAUGUGUCCGAGAUUGAACUUUGAAAUAUUAGAUGAAUCUAUAGAAUGCGGAGAUUGCGUACUUGCUCCUGAAAUUUUUUCAUCUGCGUUAAUUUGCAGUUAUGAUUUUAAAGUUUUGGAUAAAUCAAAAUAAUUUAUCUAUCAAAAAGUAAUUAGAGGAGCUUAGCAAUAAGAAGUAUUCAAAAUAGUUUAAGAUGAAUUCGGGAAGAGUUAACUUAAAUUAAUUUAAGGAGAAUAUACAUAUGGUUGCAAGUUUGGUUAUUACAGAGACUAAAAUGGAAAAUGUAAAAAAUGUAUGGAGGGAUGUUCAGGAUGUCUAAUUGAUUCUAGUUGUUAAGUCUGUUUUAUUGGGUAUACAUUGAGAAAAGAUGGUAAUUGUUAAAAAUGCGGAUUAUGUCAUAAUUGUAUGCUUGAAAACAAUAAAGAGAUUUGCAUGUUUGAGACUGAUUGUUUAAGCAACUAAUAUUGGUCUGAAUAAUAAUGUUAUGAUUGUGGUUAAUAUUGUGCAAAGUGCAUAUAAUCAAAAUGUCUUUAUUGUAUAAAUAAUCAAGGUUACUUUAUCUCAUUUGAUAAAUUAAAUUGUGCAAUUUGCAAUAUCAAAGAUUGCUAAUAUUGUUUCUAAUAUUAUUAAUCAGAUGACAAGUACUACACAACUCUAGAUUAUGAACCCUUCAUGGAAAAUAUUCAAUAAGAGUUAAUUAAAAUUGGUUGUGCCUAAUGUAAUUAGAAUAUGUACUUCAACUUUCAAACUAAUUAAUGCGAAGAAUAGCUUAAUAAUGAUGUUAAAUGUUCUUUUGGCAUCAUUACUAAAGAUUUUGGUAAGUCUAUUUGUAUUAAAAGUCUAACUCCUCUAGUGGGAAUAUAAUAAACAGAAUGUCUUACAAUAUCCUUUUGUGAAUAAUGCAUUCUCAAUUACAUUAAUACUGAUGGUUUUUGCAUAAAGUGUAGUGAUGGAUAUUAUUCAUCUAUCACAACUGGGCAAUGUAAAUAAUGUCCUCUCACUUGCAAGACUUGUCAAUAAUAGAACAAAAAUCAUGAGGAUUUUUGGAAAUGGGAUAUUAAAGCAUUUUAUAAAUACUUUGUAAAUUCUAAUGAAGACCAUUAUUUCGAAUAAUAUGGUCUAAAUUUUAAUACCAAAAAUUUUGAAAUUGUAUGCACUAGUUGUUUUUCUGAUAGUUUUUUAUAUUAGAACGAGUGCUUUAAGAAUUGUGGAUAAGACUGCAGUAAUUGUUAAAUUAUAAAUGACUAUUAUUCUUCAACCACUUAACCCUAAUCACCUCGAUGUUUUUAAUGCAAUAAUGCUUUAUAUAAUAAAUAGAGAAGUACAAAUUAAAAGGAUUUGACUGUAUGUCAAGAAUGCGUUGUAUUUUGUAAAGCCUGUGAAUCAAGAGAUGUUUCAUAAAUAAGCUACUUAAACCCUUUUAUUACAAAUGACUCGAAAUACACUAAUUUAUGUUACAGUUUUGAUCAGGAGAUAUAACAAUCCGAUGAAGAUAUAAAGUACAAUAUCUAAUACAAAAAUGAAAUUAAUUUUCACCCAUUCUUUAAAACACCUUAUAAAUGUUAGAAGUAUGAUAAAUGCAUCAAGACCUUAACCUUUACUCAAUUUGUUUAUUGUGAUUCAUCUUACAUGUAUUACGAUUUCUUCAAAGAGGAACGUUAAAAUUAUCGAUAAUUAUAUAAGACAUACUAUUAAUUUACUGUUUAUGGUGUUGAAUUAGAAGAUUAUAUUUAUGACUUCCUCAAUGAGUAAUCAAUUAUAGAAGUCAAUUUUGUUAAUUUACUCAAAAUUCUCCCUAAAUAUCCUGGUCCGUGUUUUUAAUGGGAGGCUUAAUCAGUCAAGAUUAAGAAUCCCUUUUCUUCAUAAGUAUUUACUAUAAAAACAGCCAGAAUUAAACUCAUAGGUGAAGAACUAACAUUCCUGCUUACUUAAUCAAAUUAUAAUGUUAUGAAUUUUGAUGAAGUCCAUUUUUAAAAUGUUGGUAUAUUAGCAACAUCAACCUUAAGUCAUCCUUCAACAAGUCUAUACAAUAUUUAUUGUAAAAUUAGUAUACUUAAUGAAUUCUUUCCAGUCACUUUUAAAUUGAUUGAUUCCUAAAUACUAUGUGCUAAUAGUUUUAGAUUAACUUCUUACACGAUAAUGAGCAAUAACUCUUUGAAUAUCUUGUUUGAUAAUGUUACAUUCUUAGAUUUAAAUUUGACAGAUUCUAAGUUAAUAGACUUUCAGCCUUUAUAAAGUACUAAAAAUCCUAAAUUCCAUGCUCAAAAUUUAGUUUUCAUCAACUCUAACUUUACUAAAUCAAGUAUCUUUUGUUUUGAAUCGUUAAAAUUCAGUCCUGAUUAUCAAAUAUCAAUUUCCAAUGUUUAUGCUUCUAAUCUAACUUUUAGAGCAGGAUCCUAAUUUAUUUAUACUUCAUUCUUAUUGCAAUAUCAUGUAGGAUACAUCACUCUUGAGAAUCUUUAUUUCCAAAAUAUCACAUUGAUGAAUGCUUCUUAACUUUUGAAUCUUAUGGGUUCUGGCUCAUGUUCCAUCAAAAAUUUAACUUUAAAAAACAUUAUUUUUUUAGAUUCGUCCUCCUUCUUACUAUCCAACAUAAUUAAUAUCGAAGACUUUUUAGCUAUUAAUAUAAUCAUAAAUACAGGCUACUUAAUUACUAAUAAAGGCACUUCAUCAAAGGCAACUCAAGCUUUAAAAAAUGCUGAAUCUAUUAGGAUUAAAAAUGCAAGUUUUAUUGAAAACAUUUACCAUAAUUCUUAAUGUUUUAUUGCUAUAUUUUAGAAUCAAAUCUCAAAUAACUCACUCAUAAUUGAAGGUUUAACCUUAAAGAACAAUCAAUAUUAUAAUAUUUUAAAAGGAGUCAAUUCAAUUAAGUCAUUGACAAAUGAUCAAUCCUUGAUCUACUUAGAGUGUUAAGUAUGUAUUUUGGAUAAAGUGGAAAUACUUAGAGGCUUAGGAUAUCCAGAAAUUGCGAUUUUUCAAAGUAAAGUUUUGAAAUUUUCAAAUAUCAUCAUUUAGCAGAGUCCUCAAUACAUUACAAAGACAUUGCAUUCCUCUUAUAAAUGCAUUGAACAAUUUUUAUACUUAGACAUAUACUUUGUUUUUUACCUAAGUUCCUUCAAUCAAGUGGAAUUGGAUAAUGUAGUUAUAUUUUAAUCCGUUAUUUUUGAUAAUUCAUUUUUCUUAUUUGCAAGUUAAAAUUAAUUUGAUGAUUAGGUAGAAAAUAGCAUAGUUAUAAAAAAUUCAAAGUUUUUUGAUAACAUGUUGAUAGUAACAUAAUAAAAUAAAUUUACUUCAAUUAUAUACAUUAAAACAGAGCAACUAAUGAAUAUCAACAUUGUAAAUACAAACUUUACUUAAAACUUCUUGAAUGAAUAUUUCCAAGAUUAUUAAUUAUUUUCAUCCUCAACUUUAGUCAUCUAUGCCCAAUCAAGUGAAGUAAUUAUAUCAAAUUGCUUUUUUGAUCAAAAUAUAAUUUCCAAUUCUACUGAUUCAAAUCUCUUCAUUAAGGCAAAUUAUCUUAACAUUUCAAAUAGUGUCUUUACUAAAUAAAAUUAACUAAACCCCACUAUUUUCGAGAAGUACUUAUUUGUCUCCAAAACAGAUACUGAAAUUUCUUCCAACAUUAUGCUUAACUUUCAGGUGUUAUCAUCUGGUGGAAAUGGCUACCUUUUAAUAAAUUCUGCGUUACUAGAGUAAAUUCAAGUUGAAUAGUCUUUGGCCUUAAAUGGAGGAGCAUUUUAUAUAAUCACAACUCAACAAGGUUCAAUAGAAAUAAGCAAUUCAAAAUUUAUAAAUACUUCAACUACAAUUAAUGGAUAUUAAAUAUCAGUUGGAGGUUGCUUUUAUAUUGACUCUUCAAAAAGCAGAUUCAAUCUUAAUAUUCAUGAUUCAAUAUUCUAACUUACUUCUUCCAGAACACAGGCAGGACUUUUGUACAUAGAACCUUCAUUUCUGAAAAAUGAAAUUAAUCUAGAUAACUUAACCAUAUAGGAAUCCUUCUCAAUCUAAAAUUCCAUACUUACUUUUUCGCCAAGUAGAUAAAACUCUGUGUAUUCAAACUUUAAAAUUUCAAACUCCCUUAUAAUUAAUAGUGAAAAUGCAUUCAACUACUACAUAUCCUAAUUAUAAGAUAUAUCUUCUUAAGAUGUUAAGCCAUUUCAAAGAGAAAAUCCCACUAUGUAUGUUCAAUAUUGUAAUUUUACAAUGGUCAACUGUUCAUUUAUUUAAUUUCACAUAGCCACCAUUUUGGAGAUAUAUAAUGGAUAUCUCAUAAACUUAAAUAAUAUAGAAAUUUUGAACAGUACUUACUAUCUAUCUCCAAUUCUAAGAAUCUCCUUAAGAGAAGGUUUUAUGGGCAAGAUAUUACUUUAAGAUUUUAAGUUGCAAAAACUACAACAAUAUCAAACCCAAAUCGAAGAUUGCCAGGAGGUGGAAAUAGUGGCGACAAAAGAUUUACUAUGUUUUGAUGAUUUAUCUGAUAUUGUUUAGAACCCUUUGGUCGAAUUAAAAAAGUACAAUUUAACCAAUCAAUUAAUCUGCAAUAAAAAAUUGAUUUUUGAAGAAGCCAAUUAUAACAUGAGUUUAAUUGAGAUAAAAAGUAUUGAUAACGAACAAGAAUUACUAAUAGAGAAUUUAUUAAUUUCUAAUAUCGAAUGUUCUAACUGCUACUUUGGAGUAUUCACUGUAUAGGAUGUGAAAGUGAAUUCUAUGAAUUUAAGAUUGAAGAAUGUAAGUCUGAUUAAUAAUACAUGUGGUGUAAUUGGUUGUUUAUCAUUUUUACAAAACUCUAAUUUCAAUCUUAACGAGAAUCAAUAAAAUCGUAUCCUCUAAAAUUCAGUUGAAAAAAUUAAAAAUAUUUAAAACAAACAAAUCCAAUUAAAAAUUAGCAAUAGUUUAUUUAUAAAUAAUAUAGCCGAUUAUGGUGGGGCCUGCUUUUUUAUUGAUUUGAAUAUGUUAAUCGAAAAAUGCUUAUUCAAUAAUAAUCAGGCUAGAGAGACAGGAGGGGCUAUAUAUUAUUACUCAGAAGAGCAAAAUCAUAUAUUGAUUCUUGAUAGUUAGCUUAUAUAGAAUAAAGCUUAAAUUGGAGGUGGAUUAUAUUAAAAUGGAGAAACAAUUCAAGAACUUACAAAAGGGAAUGUGUACAUAAAGGAAAAUUUAGGGACGAAAUAUGCAGAUAACCUUGCAUCAGUGCCUAUGUAUCUGAGCCUUUCGUUGGAUGGAUUAAAUUUAUUAAAAAACAAGCUGCUAUUUAAGAAUCAAACUACAUAGAUUGAUGAAGUUGAGGUCUAGCCCUAUUAUUAUUUGGGUGCCGAAGAAAAAACUGAUUAAAUCUUAGUACCAUCAGGUCUUAAAAUCUAUGAUUACAAACAUUUCGAUGCUUAGAGUAAUUCUUACAUCGACUAUAAUUUCUCAUUUAGACUCAUUCCGUUGAAUAUAUAAUUUGAGCAAAUGAAAAAUCUAAAUGGCACAGAAUGUACCAUAAACCCUUCAGUUGUGAAUACAAGUAACAUAUAAGAGAAAAUUUAGAACAUCUUGGAGAAUAUCUCUGCUUAAUCACUAUCAUAUACUUAAGUGAAGUUUAAUGAUUAAACCUAAGAUUACAACUUAGAUAAUCUGACUGUAUACUUCAACCCUUUACAAGAACAAUAAUAUUCACUUUAAUUAGCUUUUAUAUGUAAGGCAAUUAAGAUUCCUGUUUUUAAUAACUAUUCUCCAUACGAACUCAAUUACACUCUAGAUAAUUAUAUAUUAUUAUUGCAUUUGCGUACUUUCAAGUGUCAAUUAGGAGAAUAUUUAAAUUCUACUUCAGGAGGUUGUGUUUAAUGUGAUAUAACUCAAAAUUAAUACUCAGUUUAAGAAAACGCCUAAGCUUGUUAAUUCAAAAAUGAAUAGAAAAUGAAAUCAAUUAAGCCAGCAAUGAUUGAAUUAAGAUCAGGAUAUUGGAGAGCAUAUUACUACAGCAAUGUCGUAGAACUCUGUUAUCAUUAACAAUAAAAUUGUUAGGGAGGAUGGUUUGCUGGGAAUCCUUCCUGUGGAUUAGGACACAUUGGAGCUUUAUGUGAAUAGUGUGAUUUGUAUAACAUUCGAGGCUAAGGUUACUUCUCUAUAAGCUAAGCAUAUGGUUGUAGUGGUUGUGAGCAAGUGGCAAAAAACAUUAUCAAUAUAGUUUUAGUUGUCUUAUGGACUUUAUUAUCUCUAUUCAUUUCAGUUACUAGCACAGUUCAGAUGAUUGAAGAGUUUAUCUUUCAGUUGAAACUUAAAUCAUUACGGAAUUACAUGAUAACCCAACCAACAUCGACGUCUGUUCUAUUGAAAGUUUUUACUAACUAUCUUUAGAUUAUCAGUUCAAUAACUUCAUUCCAACUGUCGAUACCUUCUGGGAUAUCUUUAGUAGUUAGUGGAGUUGGCAAUCCAAUGGAUUCCAUGGCAUUUUCAUUGGAUUGUUUUUUAGCUGACUCAAUUGAAAUCGUUCCAAUACUAUACUUUAGAAUUAUUUUUAGUCUCUUAACGAUCGGAAUAUAUAUAAUGCUCUUUUUUUCGAUUUAUAUAAUGCUUUUAUUCUUAAAGAAAGGCAAGUUUUAGAUAACGUUUAUGACAACAACAUUUAUUUACAUUUACAUUUACUUAUUCCCAAACAUAGUCAGUGGAUUAAUCGGAUUGCUGUCUUAUAGAAAGAUCUCUAAUGAAUUUUGGGUGUCAGGCAAUGUAUCUUAUUUGUAUAAUACAUAUCAACACACUAUUUGGUUAAUCAGUUUUGUUAUACCAAGUCUUUUCAUUUUAGGGUUGUUUAUACCCUUUUUAUUUUGGUUCGUUGUGUACUAUAAUAGGAAAUAGUUGAAUUCGAUGAAGGUAAGGAAGAUGUGGGGUUAUUUAUACAACGAAUACAAAUUGGAAACGUAUUACUGGGAAACCUUGAAAAUCCUGUAGAAAGAAAUAAUCAUUUUGGUCCUACUAUACUAUUCUGAUUAUGUUGCCGUAAAGGCUUCUUUAGUUUUCUUGAUUCUCUAUAUCUACAGCCAUUUAAGCACUAAGUACAAGCCUUAUCAAUCUGCUCCGUUGAAUAAAAUCGACUUCUUAUCCACGUCUAUCUGUUCUAUUUCUAUAGUCUUAGCAUCUUCAAUCUAUACAGCAUAAUCUUUUGACAUAAUUGAGGUUGUGUUGCCAUUUUAUACAAUCUUAGCAGUCUUAAACUUUUUGUUUGUUGCAAACAUGCUAUAGAAAUUGGUAUAUGCUUAUUUUGAUAAAAUGGAAAAAACUAUCGAUGAGAUCAAGACAAUCAUUUAUCUAAAGUUCCCUCAUAUAAUCAACAAGAAUAGGACUUUAAAGAGAAUAUUCAUUAAGAAUUCGCUAAGGAAGAAACUGAUUAAAGACCGAUUCAAGAUGGUUAGACUUUAUUUAAUCAAUUAAGCCCAAUAGAUAAUCGAAUUUAAAUCGUAUUUAUUAGUGAUUAAACUAGUUCUAUGA